UCGGACACGGUCGUCCGAAGCCGAAUCCAACGGCGCGCGCGUCUCCUCCCCUCCUCUCUCUCUCUCUCUCUCUCUCUCUCUCUCUCUCUCUCCACCGCCUUCCUUUUGACCACCCCGCCGUGCCGCCGCCUUCUACAAUUCCUCAUCGUCCGUGGAGCCACCCCUUCGCAAAUGCGCGAGCCCCCGGUUGCCCGACGCCCCGCCGGUCUCCUGGAGGUUCCGCGGUCGGGAUCGGUCGUCUGAGCUGCUGAGGGCGCGGAGGCGUUUAGUGCUUCUUGGGAGCCGGGAGGUGGUGGGGGCAGCUGGAAGGAAACAUGGACAUUCUGUGUGAAGUAUGCGGAGAUAUUGGUUUUAGGCAUCUUCUGCUAUGUUGCGGAGACUGCAAGCAUUCUGCUAUACACCAAUACUGUUUGGAGAAAGUUGUCUUUGAUGCUUCAUUAAUAGAGUGGUUCUGUUACGAAUGCCUACAAAGGCGUGGUGAAGUUACUUGUAUCAGAUCUCUAGAGAAGGUGCCAAGUGAAAGGCCGUCAAGUAAUGCUCAUUUUGGUUCUAUAGUACAUCAGCCAAUUACCAAGAGAGUGGAGUCAGCAAGAGAUGCAGUGCCAUGGAGAAAUAGAAAACGUAAAUCAUUUGUGUCCAAAUAUGCAUCUCACAACAAAAUUUAUUCGCCACGAAAGAAGCAUGCUAAAAAUAAGUCAAACAUGCCAUAUUCACCAAAUGAUGGUUGUGAGGAAGUGUUUUCCUGUUCUGGCAUAAAAAAUAUCCCAAGUGUUCAAGACAGAAGUGCAGAUUCCAUUGAUACUUCAAGCAUUUCUCAACAUGAUAUCACAGAACCAUCAGAAAGCAGUGAAAGAUUCACUGAGUAUCAGAAGGGUAGCUCCUAUCCUCGCGGGAAAAAUUUAAAGAUGGCUGCAGCAUCCUCAUCAUCUGAGGAGUCAGGAGAAGACAUUCCCUCAGAAAAUGUAUCUUUGGCAUCGGAUGAUCUUCAAUCACCCUUAGGGGCUGAUUAUGUUUUAUCAUAUAGAACUUAUCUAUCUAAAGCACAAAAGGUGAGAGUAAUGACGCUUAUCCAGGAAAUUCAACCUGAAUUCACUGUUUAUAUUGCAACCAUGCGGAAGACCAGUGUUCAACCUCCGGGUCCUUAUCUGGGAAUUACCAAGGAAUACGCAUUGGCACAUUGCCCAGAUAGAAGCACAACUGUCACACUUGAGAUGCCUGGUAAGAACAAGAAGUGGCAUCCCAAAUUCUACAAAAGAGACGAAAGUAGAAAGAACUUUCUUAUGGGGCAGUGGUUAGACUUUGUCCGUGACAAUCAUGUGCAGGAGGGAGAUAUUGUCCUCCUCUUACCUACAAAGGGUGGGAAUAGAUCUAUUUUUACGGUCUAUCUACUGCAUGAAACAGCAACUCAUUCUAGUAUGGCUUCAGAAGUCCAUAUUGAGGAACCAACAACAGGAGAACAUGCUUCCCAGGAAAGUGGUACGCUUGAAAUUCCUCAUGAAUCUUUGGAGAGCGAAGACUCUGAUAGUCUAUUUCUGCCCCCAUACUUUGUACCAUGCAAGAACCUUCUAUCUAAAUCCCAAAAGAGGAUUGUUGAAGAGCGAGUGAGAGCUAUCCGAUCUGAAGUUCCCCUUUGUGUAGCAGUAAUGAAAAACAACAAUGUCGGUGUCGCUCAGCGUUGGAUGCUAGAAUUAGGGUCACGAUAUGCUUCAGUGUAUCUUCCAACUAAAGGACAAACCUUGAUUCUCCAGUGUGGGGGGAAGACAUGGGAGGCCAAAAUGAUGUUUCAUAAUGGUAGGAGGUGGUUUAUUAAUGGAGGUUGGCCCAAUUUUGCUCGUGGCAAUGGCCUGCGUGUCGGCGAUAUCUGUCUAUUCGAACUGAAGAAGGAGGAGAAGCUGCUUACUAUGGCGGUCCAUAUCAUUCGCAAGGAGCUGUUUUAGUUCGCCGCAGAUGAAAAAGAUGAAAAAUGUGCCCUGUUCUUUCUGUUUGUACUCUGGGCCUUAGUUUGCUUGUUUUUGUGCUCUGAAGUUAAUGCAUGUUUUAGGCUGAUCUCCGCAAGGAGUUAGAAACGAAACUGUAACAUCUGUUGCUAGUUAUCUGUAAACAUCAUUAGAAAUCCGUUGUGUAAGGAACGCCUGCUUGUGCUUAAGUUCACUUAGCAGACAGUUGCAUUUGCUUUGUAUUUUAUAAAAACUAGGAUCGUGCCCAUUGCUACGGGCUACAAAUUA